AUUUCACUAAACAGUUAAAAUUUUUGCCAAUUUUUAAUGAUUUUCCCAGAAUAAACAGCUCUUCUUUCUUUGUUUUCCUUUCCUUUGGAUUGGAUGGAAAAUCAAUUUGGAAUAUUCAGAGUAUGACGUAGUUCCUAUCAUGAAAACAUAAGGCCACCAAAAACGACCAGAAACGUCGUCGUUUAGCUUCUAGUAAUAAAAAACUUGUUCCUGACAAAAUCAAGUCCCUUCCCGUCCCCCUUAGGUAUAUAGAAAGUCAAAAAUAAAGAAACGAAAGGAAAUUGAAAGAAAGCAAACUCUCACAAAAAAAAAAAAAAAAGCUUAAAAUCUCCGUUUCAGUUCCUUUCUCUACUUUCUUGGAGAAAAAUGGCGUCCUUUGAGGCGUACGGUAUGGAAGGAGAAGAGAUUCACGCUGCUGCUAAUAAUCAUCCUUUCGAAGUUGACGACGAGAGCAACUCCAAUUUCGGCUCUUACUCCAACUUCACCGACAACCAGCAAUUCCCGCCGGAUGGUGAUGACGUCGCGGUGGAUCACGUGACUUCCUCUCCUGAUAUCUUUGGCUUCGGAUCCUCCGAUCCAACCCCCGCCUACUCGCAAUCUCCUUUCGAUACUACGAUUCCUGUCGAGAACGGGAGUGGAACCAAUGGAUUUGGUGUUGGACAUGACGACGUCUUCACUUCCGAUGGACCGGUGCUUCCUCCUCCUACUGAGAUGGAGACUGAGGAAGGCUUCGUUCUUCGCGAGUGGCGGCGUCAAAAUGCCAUUCUACUUGAGGAGAAGGAGAAGAAGGAGAAAGAGUUGAGGAACCAGAUUAUUGAAGAAGCUGAGGAGUAUAAGCGAGCAUUCUAUGAGAAAAGGGAAAAAACCAUCGAGACCAAUAAAACUAAUAACAGAGAAAGAGAAAAGUUGUACUUGGCUAACCAAGAGAAGUUCCAUAAGACUGCGGAUAAACAGUAUUGGACUGCGAUAGCAGAACUCAUUCCUCGUGAGGUUCCAAAUAUUGAGAAGAAAAGAGGCAAGAAGGAACAAGAGAAGAAACCAUCAAUAACUGUCAUCCAGGGACCGAAGCCUGGAAAACCGACUGACCUUUCACGAAUGCGGCAUAUUCUUGUGAAGCUGAAGCAUGCACCCCCACCUCACAUGAUUCCUCCCCCACCUGCUCCAGCAAAGGAUGCUAAAGAUGGAAAAGAUGCCAAAACCGGAAAAGAUGCUGCUUCAAAUGGAACUACAUCUGCAGAAAAAGGGGCACCUGCUUCAUCCACAAAAGAUGCCACCAUAAAUGGUUCCGCACCUGAACAAGAUGCUACUGCUGCUGAGGACCAACCUCCUACCGAACCAGGGGCAACAUCAACAGCCUAAUCCCUUACAAUACAUUUACCAUGGUUCUUUUUAGCCCCAUUCAUUUUAUUUACCUCAAGAUUUUGAUUUUUUAUUGCAUCCCAUAUUACCAUGGUAUUUUCCUCAUAAGUAUUUAGUACCAUUACUAGACCCUAUUCUUAAUUGGGUUUUGAAACAUUUCAUGAGAUUGGAUUCCAAAUGUCAUCAUUUUAUUUUGCUUACUGAAUUAACAUUGUGGACUUGCGUUGCUGACUA